AUGGCGGGUGAGAACGGGAGUGCUGACGUUGAUUCGCAAAAACUCCGGCCGCUUCUUCCGGUCGACGCCGACGGCGUGUGUAUGUGCUGCAAGAAGACCCCGGAACUCGAACGGACCAUCGGCUGCACCACCUGCGGCUCGUCGUGGCACUUGGACUGCCUGAGAGAGUGUCCCGAAACACUCGGAGAGAUUGUGAAAUAUGUGUGUCCUGAUUGCUCCGGCGACGGCCUGGAUGGAGCUCCGGCCCCGUCGGCCGUCGGCGACCUGGUUGCCAAAAUUAAGGCUAUCAACGAUGAUGCUUCCAUGACGGAGAGCGAGAAGGCUAUGAAGAAACAGGAGGUUCUUUGCGGAAAGGUUAAGAAUGGAGUAGAGGAACAGGGGAAGCAGAAAGGCGAAGAGAAGCCCAAUGAAGCUCUGGCUCUUCUUAGUGAGAGCUUUAAGUGCUCUUUCUGUCUGCAACUACCGGAGCGUCCUGUUACGACACCUUGCGGCCACAACUUCUGCCUCAAAUGCUUUCAGAAAUGGAUUGGUCAAGGGAAGCGUACUUGUGCAAAAUGCCGUUGUGACAUUCCUCCUAAAAUGGCAAGCCAACCUCGUAUUAACUCAACCUUGGUAGCUACUAUCAGGCGUGCCAGAAUCAUGAGAACAUGUGCUGUUGAACAACCACCACAAAAGGUUUAUCAUAAUCUGAAAGAUGAAGAUUUGCCUGAUGAGCCAUAUGUGACAGAAAGAGCCAAAAGGGGUGGGAUUGCUAAUGCAAAAAGUGGCAGGAUUUUUGUCACCAUUCCGUCAGAUCAUUUUGGACCUAUAUCAGCUGAGAGUGAUCCAGUGAUGAACUUGGGUAUCUUGGUUGGUCAGUGCUUUGCAAAUAGAUAUAAAUGCAGGCAGUGGGGAGUUCACCGUCCACUUGUUUGUGGGAUUUCUGGUCAGGCAAAGACUGGGGCUCAGUCAGUAGUGCUUUCAGGAGGUUAUGUGGAUGAUGAAGAUCAUGGAGAAUGGUUUCUUUACACAGGAAGUGGUGGGAGAGAUCUAAGUGGCAACAAGCGAACAAACAAGGAUCAAUCAUCUGACCAGGAAUUCAAGAACUUCAAUGAGGCCUUGCGUGUUAGCUGCAAGAAAGGGUAUCCAGUUCGUGUAGUUAGAUCACAUAAAGAUAAACAUUCAUCCUACGCCCCAGAGAGUGAUUUGCGCUACGAUGGGAUCUACAGAAUAGAGAAAUGCUGGUUAAAAGUUGGGCAGCAGGGUUUUAAAGUCUGUAGAUACUUAUUUGUGCGCUGUGACAAUGAGCCUGCACCAUGGACUAGUGAUGAGGAUGGAGAUCGUCCCAGACCUCUUCCCGACGUUCCUGAGCUGCAGCAAGCAAUUCAUGUAUUUGAGAGGACAGAAAGUCCAGCUUGGGAUUUUGAUGAGGGAAACAGUUGUUGGAUAUGGAAAAAAUCGCCACCUUCUAGCAAAGAGAAAGUUGCCCCAGUUGAUCCUGAAUUCAUAGAGAGGGCACGAAAAACACUGAAGAGAGCACAAAAUGCUUCUAUAAGAAUGGAACUUCUCAAAGAGUUCAACUGCUCACUGUGUAAAAAUAUGUUGAAUCUCCCUGUAACCACGCCAUGUGCUCAUAACUUCUGCAAAUCCUGUCUUCAAGAAAAAUUUUCUGGACAAGCAUUCUUAAGAGAAAGAAAAUGUCAGGGUGGCCGUCAACUUCGUGCACAGAAGCAUGUCAUGAAUUGCCCUAUUUGCCCAAGUGACAUAUCUGAGUUUCUCCAGAACAUUCAGGUUAACACAGAACUGAUGAGUGCAAUAGAGAAACUGCAAAAUAAGAUAGAGGAGUAUGAGAAAGAUAUGGAGGAUUCCAACGAUAAUGCAGCCGAAAAUGAAGCCAACAGUUCAGAGAUUUCUUCAUCAAAUGCUGAAGCCGAAGAAACCAAAGGAACUUUGAAGAGAGAAGCUCCUAAUGAGUGCUCUUUCACUGACAAUAAGAAAAUGAAAGCAGAAAUUCCAGAUGAUGUAUCUGAUUUGGCUGCUGAGUUCCCGGACUAUGAUGCGAAAGUUUCUCCUUCUAAGGCAUCUUGA